AAACUGGAGAAAUGCACGAAAACAAGCAGGAGUCCAUCAUCACCAUCGGGCUGAAACGCUGGACUUUUAAGUAGUGAGAAAGACUAAACGUUAGUGCGAUUAGAAGCCACCGUUCAGCAGUUGGCUGGACGUGUGCCGACCUCCAGGAGCUGCUGUUAUGCGCCGUGUUGCCCAGUAAACUCUGCUGGAGAAAUUGGUGAAGACACUUCUGUGAGUUGAUUUCCCUGAAAAACUAUCCAGACAGGCGUCGCUGAUGUACAGCAGCUUUCGCCGAGCGGCGAACUGAAGAUGUAUCUGCCGAAGGAUUCACCCUCGCAUUCGACCAUCUGACUGCAGAAGGAAGGAGCCUGUCGGUGUGCGAUGUUGUUAGCGUCGGCCGUGGUCGUAUGGGAAUGGCUGAACGAGCACGGGCGCUGGCGGCCCUACAGCCCGGCCGUGUCCCACCACAUCGAGGCGGUGAUCCGCAGCGACCCCCGGGGCGCCGGCAGCGUGGUACUGGGCCAGGUCGACUCCAGACUGUCGCCGUACAUCAUCGAUCUGCAGUCCAUGCACCAGUUUCGCCAAGAUACCGGUACUUUGCGUCCAGUGAGGCGGAGUUUCUACGACCCACGCUCUGCUCCUGGUCAAGGCUGGGUGUGGGAGUGGGAAAAUGACUCUGGCUCCUGGACUCCAUAUGACACAGAGGUGGGCAUCACCAUUCAGGCGGCGCACGACCGGCAGCAGCCCUGGCUGGACCUGACACCACUGGGCUUCUGCUACCUCAUCGACUUGCAGGGCAUGACCCAGAUCAACCGGCAGACACAGCGGCGCCGUCGUGUCCAGAGACGGUCGGACCUGGCCUACCCCCUGGUCUCGGGGCCGCUGCCCAAGCCGCACGCCUGGGCAUCCAAUGGGAGUGGAGGACACCUGGGGGUGGGGGUUUCGGGCAUCACGGGAGGAAAUGGAAGUGCUUAUCCUAGCGGUGCUCUUCCUGCUAGUGCCAUCACUUCUCUUGGCCAGCCUUGUUCUUGUCAGCAGUGCAUGCUGGUCCUGGGCGUCAAGACUCCAAGCUUGGCGGCACAGACUCUGGGCCGGAAACCUCCUUCCAUGCCCAAGCCCCCUAGCCCGAAAGCCGCCCCGCGUAGCCACUCCUACUCCCUCACCCUCCCCCACCCACCUUCCUUGUCCCGAGCUUUGUCCCCACACAGGAACUCCACCUCAGGUGCCAGCAGUGGUGGCGUGUUCGGACACUCACUCUCUAUCCUGAGCUCAGCCACUGCUGCCCUGUCCCUCUCCUCUUCCUCUUCACGACCACCUCCUCCCACUGUUCCACCGCCCCCACCUCCCUCCUCCACGCCACACACCGCCUCAGUGCCCAAUGCUGCCCAGCCCACGUCCUCCAACGCCCUCAUCUCAACCUCAACCACCUGCGCCCCUACCCCCUCAGCUCGGGUUCUUGGCCCCGUGGCAUCGGCAGCCUGUGCCGCCCCGCUGCCCCCACGCUCCAGCCUGGCAGGCCUUAGCCGCCCUGCCCUCCAGAGGAUUGCCAUGGCACAGUCACGGGCGCUGAUCGCCUCCGGGGUCCCUACAGUCCCUGUUAAGAACCUAAAUGGGUCCAGUCCUGUUCACCCAGCCCUGGCUGGAAUAACGGGCAUCCUGAUGAGUGCUGCUGGACUUCCUGUCUGUUUGACCCGCCCACCCAAAUUGGUACUCCACCCCCCACCUGUCAGCAAGAGUGAUAUAAAGCCAGUGCCAGGCCUUGGCCACUGCUGCCGCAAGACCACCAAGAAGCAAGCCCGCAAAGGCAGAACUCCUGAGGAAGUGGUGAGACGGUACUUGCAGAAGGUCCGCAACCCCCCAGAGGAGGACUGCACUAUCUGUAUGGAGGCUCUGGCCGGCCCCUCUGGCUAUAAAGGCCCUGGCGUGGGUGGUAUUUCUCGGGCAGAGUCUGUCGGUCGUCUUUCUCAGUGUGGACAUCAGUACCACCUGCAGUGCCUGGUAGCGAUGUACAACAAUGGAAACAAAGACGGCAGCUUGCAGUGCCCCACCUGCAAGACCAUCUACGGAGUAAAGACUGGUAACCAACCACCUGGCAAGAUGGAGUACCACGUCAUCCCCCACUCACUGCCUGGACACCCAGACUGCAAAACCAUCCGCAUCAUUUACAACAUACCACCUGGCAUUCAGGGCCCUGAGCACCCUAAUCCUGGUAAACCCUUCACAGCUCGUGGAUUCCCUCGGCAUUGCUACCUUCCUGACAGUGAGAAAGGCCGCCUAGUGUUGAAGCUGUUGCUGGUCGCGUGGGACCGCAGGCUGAUCUUCUCCGUGGGGACAUCCAGCACAACCGGCGAGGCAGACACAGUCAUCUGGAACGAAGUCCACCACAAAACUGAGUUUGGCUCCAACCUGACUGGCCACGGUUACCCUGACUCCGGGCACCUGGACAACGUCCUAGAAGAGCUGCGGGCACAGGGCAUCACCGAGGAAGACUGUCUGAGGGACUGAGAAGGAAUGAGGUUAAAAAGAAGCGGUGCCAAGUUUGAAUCCAGAUCCAAAACUCUUUAUCUCAGCUGGAAUUUGAAGACUUUUUGGCUGAAGUUGAGAAACCUUGUGUUAAAAGAACUGGAAGGACUUGUAAAAGUCACUACUCAAAUUCUUUUCUGUGGUAUCAUCCCUCCUGCUGUGGAAGAAAGCUAAAGCUUUUAAAAUCAGAUUUUGACACAGUUCUCUUUCAAAGCUAGUUGGUCCAACUCGAACCUUGAAAGAAUGUUGGUACAAAUUUACUAUUGCUGGUGUCUGUUUAACAAUUUAAUGUAUUGUAGUUCUGUAAAGGGUACUCCAAACUUGAGGUACUUCUGUGCAUGUAGGUAUAUCAUUCCGUGCAAAGUGGGAAAAAAAAGUCCUUUUUGUACAAUUGAGGCCCCUACAUUUUGCUAUGAAGCUCCAGUGGCAGUUUCAGACUGAAUAUGAAUGUUUACUGCCCUCUAGUGGCACUUGAUGAUACAUUCCAUCCAUAUCCAUUUCCAUGGUACUACUGUUUGUUCCCAUUCAUUUUUUUCAGUUUUGCUUUUAUUCACAUUAGAUUAAUUAUUCGUUUAUACAUAUUCUAACCUACCUUAUUUCAUUUCAUAGAGUGAAUAAAUUAGAAGCCUAGGCGUUGGCGCUAUUUUGGGGAUUGAAGCUAAUCCAGGUACCAGUCGAGGACUGGUAAUCCUGCCUUUAGGCAUUAAACUCGAACCACUUAAAGAAUUAAUCAGUAUUAAAGAAAAUGUAGAGACGAGGGGUGAAGGCUUGGCUGUGGGCCAACUUAACAGCCCUGAACUGGGGGUGAGGACAAAUGCACAGCAUGGCCAUGUUCCUCCUGACCCAUUCAUGGAAAGCGUGAGUGAAUCGAAUCAAGUUUUAUUGUGAUUAGACUUGCAACCGGAGAUUACAUGUGUAACACAAGGACUAGUGCUAAACUGAAUCAUGUUUACAAUAUUAAUAAUAAUAAAAAUAAUAAGCUCUUCAUGGGCCAUAAAGGUAGUACUGACAUUUCAUUUCAAACGUGGCAGUUUGGUGUAACGGCAUGCAGCUCAAGACUCUGUACGGUUUGGUACUAUCAUACCUAGCAGUCUGCCAGGCUGAAUGCUGUUUACCUGUUACAGAACAUCCAGCCUUGCUUCUUUAAAUAUUUCUGUCCAGUGGUCAAACUUUCUCCGGUUGCUUUUCUAGUCGGUCCUUGGUAGGUCCAUGAUGGACACGUUUACAAAAAAAAAAAAGUAUCGAAAAAAGUAUUGCUGUCAAGACAUUUGUGCAUGUGUGUACAUGCAAAUGUAAGCUUACAUUUCUAGUUGAAGUAUAUCGUGUGCUGUAUGUGUUUUAUGUACACAUUUUUCUUAAUCAAAACCAUGUUUUUGAAGUGUGAUGGCAAGUAAAUGAGGCGAGCACUCGUUACUCAUUUUCUUUUUCUCAUUUUUGUUAUACAGUUUUAAUUUUUUUUAGUAUUGUCUUAUAAGCUGUUAGUUUAUUCCUUUUUUGUACUGUGAAGUUUUACUCUCACUUAUUGCACUUGUAAUUUUUUCAUGAUAGUUGCUAUGGUUAUAACGGUUUAAAAAAAAAAAAAAAAAAAAAGACUUCUGCCAAGAGGAAGCUGCAAAGAAAACCAGUGUACGGAG